AUGGCAGAGUUCUUAAGGAUUCCCCUGAAUGAAAAAAUAUACAAGAAUGAUCUAAAAGACCAGUUAUUUAAUGUACUUAGUAGUUCAGUUCAACGAAACCCUCAAAAAUUAGAUAAUGAUAUAAAUUCAUUUGUAAAUGUUGAACGUACUUUAGAGAAUUUAACUAUUUCAAAUAACAGUUUAAAUGCAUUGAAAUUAUAUUAUGUUCAACUAUCAAACUUAGAGAAUGUUGUCCCUGACGAUAAAAUUCAAUUCAAUUGGAGAUUAGCGCUACCUAGCUUAGAAUUGGAUGCUUCUUUUGAAUCUUUACUUCUGGAGAAAUGUCUUAUUUUGUAUAAUAUUGGCGCAAUAUAUAUGGGACUUGGAGUUGAUUCAUAUGUUGUAGAAAUUCCAGUAGUAAAGGAAGUUUGUCAAUAUUUCCAGGCUGCAGCUGGUUGUUUUUCGCAAAUAUUAGAAAAUAUAAAAGAAUUGAGACACAAUCAUAAUAUAUUUAAUCCCUCGUUCUUGAAAUGCUUAAUAAAUUUGGCCCUCGCUGAAGCCCAAGAAUGUUCAUGGUUUAUAUCUAAACAAUGUGGGCAUUCAGAUUCUGUUUUAUCCAAGUUAUCAUAUCAAAUUGCAUUAUAUUAUGAAGAAGCAUUACGAGAAUAUAUUCUAAUGAAUUUCAAAGAAAACUGGAUCAAAGAUAUUGAUGAUUAUCUACAAUUUAAAACAAAUUAUUUUGUUGCGGCUGCAACGUAUAGAAAAGGAAUUUAUUUAUCUUCAAAAAAUAAAUUUGGUUUAGCCAUUGCAAAUUUAAAAUAUACGGAAUAUCUUCUAAAUAAAAUUAAAAAGACUCGACAUAGAGAGAAAAUUAUUAAUUUUCAAACAACUAGCAAUGAUAGAUUAAAUAAUGAAUUGAGAGAUAAUGAAUCUUUGCAUUUACAAGAGAUACCAACUCUACAGAGUCCAAAUAUCAAUCCUGCUAAUAUGGUAUCUCCACAAUAUGUAGGUACUAUUAUUCAAAAAGAUUUAAUAAAGGGUGAUAUAAAUACAUUUACUGACCUGAUACCCAUAUCUGUUAUAGAAUCAUCCAAUGCAUACAGAGAAAAACAAGAAAAAUAUGUUAAUGAGGAAUUGAUAAAACCAUUGAAAGAAAUUAAAAAUAAUUUGGAAAUUUUUGUUAAUACUGAUAUUCAGUUACAUUUAGCAAGAACAAUCCAACAAUCAGAGGUAGCCUCAUGUAAAGAAUCAUUUAAAGAAAUGUCUCAAUUAGAAACAAACACUAAAUCUAUAAUAGAUCGAUUAAUAUCUUCAUUUACAAAAGAACAAGAAAUAAAUGAAAAGUACGAGAAUAAGUAUGGUUAUUUAAAUUGGAAUAACUUAUCUCAUUCGCCAGAAAAUGAUUAUAUUCGAGAAAAAAUUUCAUUUGUCAACGAAUAUAUUAAAGAGGGACAAUUAGUUACGCAACAAACUAAGCAAUUGUAUAAAUCUCUAGAUUUGCGAACAAUUUUGGAACCAACUACUGGUAGCAAAGAAUUUGUACUUUUAUUUCAAAGAUUUACUAUGAUAAACAAUUACAGAUCCACUUUUUUACGUAAUAUAAAAUUAAAAUCAGAAAAUAACCCUAUAUUACCAAAAUUGAUUAAGACUUAUAGCACAGAAGGAAUAUCUUUAUUUCCACAAGUGUUUAAUGAUCAUUUAAAAUUAUUUGAGAAUGAUCGUAAAGAAAUAUUGGACGAGGAGGUGAAAAAUAUAGAAUAUAAGCAUCAUUUACAAAAACUUGAGCCCCAGACUACACAGAUUACAAAAUCCAUAUUAGAUUCUAACCCUGAACGCUAUAAGGCUAUUGAACAGUUUGCAAAUGUAAAACUUAAUAUUAUGCAUGGAAUUAAGUUUUAUGAAGAUUUACUUAUGUCUGUAAAUGAUUUACAAGAUCGUAUCAAUGUAUUCUUGAAUCAGAAUAAAAACAAAAGAACACAGGAGGCAACCCGAUUGGGUAUUGUCUUGUGA